AUGAAGUCCGAGUCCGCCGAAGAGCUAAGCCGUGUCCAUCACGCCGUUACGGCCACCGUUAACGCGCAAGAAAGCAUCGGAAGACCUAUCAAUUCCCACGGGAUGGAUCUCCUCAAUCACUUGGUGAUCGAAUUGUUCGAAUCGCGAACGCGCCUCGAGUGGGAGUCUUCUACCAGCGAUUCUCCCGAUCCGCCGACUCACGAGGCACUCACUGAUUUCAUUAGUAAAAGGAUACUUACCUUGAACGCCGCCAAACCCAAGAUCGCCAUGAAGAGUGCCGGGGAAGCCUCUCGGACCGCGAAGUCUCACUUCGCGAAAAACGGGCCCGACGUGUCCAAAUGCGCCGCCUGCAAGGGCAAACACACGCUUAUGCAGUGCCCCGAGUUUAAGUGCAAGUCCGCGAGCGAAAGAAAGUCAUUCGUUGAGGCCAGCGGACUUUGUUUCAACUGUCUCGGGAACCACAUGAUGGCAAGGUGUCAGUCCAUCAAAACGUGCUUCACGUGCAAGUCGCGGCACCACACGCUAUUGCACGACGCGUACACCACACCAACACCACACGAAGCGAGCACUUUCUCCACGACACGCACUUCACUCGACAAAAAGGCGACUCUUCUCGCCACCGCGCGCGUCACACUCACCGACCGUCUGGGACGACCUCAGGAUGUGCGAGCCCUGCUCGACCAGGGAUCCGAAGUGUCCCUCGUCUCAGAGGACUUGGCGCAGCGCGUCCGUCUGGCACGCACCCGUUCCUCGAUGUCCAUAAUUGGAAUCGGAGAAGCAUGCUCAGGAUCCACUCGCGGAAGGGUGACGCUCGCUCUCAAGUCAAGAGUGACUGGAGCCCUUCUCACCGUAGUCGCCUACGUCCUUCCACGGCUGUCUUCCUACCAGGGGCCAGCAAUUCAGGGCUCCACCACGUGGCCGUACAUUCACGGCCUCACUCUGGCGGAUCCGCAGUAUCUCCAGCGAGACCCCAUCCACCUUCUCCUCGGCGCUGAUGCCUUCUCCGGGAUCCUUCUCGAAGGUCUCCGUAAGGGGCGCAAGAACCAACCCAUCGCGCAGAGGACCACGUUCGGGUGGAUAUUAUCAGGAGGCUGCGGAGUCGUGACGGCCAACGACUCCCUCAGCUCCCUCCAGUGCACCAUCGACCACGAUUUGAACGCUUUAGUGCAGAGGUUCUGGGAGCAAGAACAGGAGCAGCCUGCUUCCGUCGUGCUCACGCCAGACGAAGAGCGAUGUGAGGAGAUCUUCGCUCGCACUCAUGAGCGCCUCGCCGACGGAAGGUACAUGGUCCGUCUUCCGCUGGCUGGCCCUCUUCCACCUCUUGAUCACACGAGAAAGUCCGCCGAGCGACUUCUCACGGCAAUGGAGCGACGCCGUGCCAGAGACGCCAGCUUCAACUAG